AUGGCUGACCACCUGGACCCCGGAGCAUCUGCCGGUGCUGCUGACCAGCCCUCGCCGGGGCGUCGCCGGUCAAAGAACCCCCUGCGAAACAUGAUCCAGCAUCUGACCGUCGACUCGUCGCCAGGAGCCAGCGACGGCUCCGGGUCACGGCGCUCAUCGCUCAUCCGCCGUUUGAGCGGGCAAAAGAGCCGCAGUCCGUCGGCGCAUUCUGACGCGGCCUCGGGCUCGCGGCCCAACUCACGGCCUCCGUCGUCGCUGGGUGUAAAUCGAGACCCGGCGCUUUGUGAAUCAUGUGCACGUCUGGCGGCGGAGAUUGAAGAAACCAUGGACGAAGUCGACGCCACUUUCGCCAGGCCGGCAGAUGGCGCAGGAGCUGCGGGAGAUUUCGAGACAAGAGAGCAUUUUGUAUCUCGGCUUCGGUACUUGGAGGAGAACCGCUGGGCCGCGACUUGUCCCAUGUGCAAGCUCUUUUGGGAGAUUCAUGUGCCCAGCCAGGAACCAGGAGAGUAUAACCUAGUGGCACUAUCGACACGCGACACGAGUUACUUCAUCGACUCGGCCAAGAUGUACAGCCAGGACCAUCCGGCCAAGGGGCGAUCCAAGGGCCUCAGCCCAGCGUUUUUCUCCGUCAUCUCCAAGGCCAAGGGCGGCGGCCGGGAUCCCGAUGUGGACCCCGAAUGGUUCCGAGAAUCGGGCAUGCUGCUCCGGACACGACCCGAGAUGCUGAUAGACAUGGCUAGGGGGAGGACGGGCUCAGAGAAGUUGGCAGUCCCUGAUGGAACGGCAUCUCCGCUGCCAUCACCAUCAUUCCGCCUACCUGACGAUGCCUCUUGGACGCAGAGAGGGAUCUGGGGGCGGGAGAUUGACAAAAGUGCAGACAUGAACAUUGUGCGAGAGUGGCUUCAUUUUUGCGACACCCAUCACGAGGGACGAUGUUCACGGAGGCCGGUGAGGAAGGAAAUCCAGGGAUUCCGGCUCAUAGACUGUGCACAGUCACGCCCACAGGUGGUUGAAAGAUCACUGCGUGAUGACUAUGUGGCACUGAGCUAUGUCUGGGGCGAUGCAAACGUUGAUGGCAGCUGGCCACAAGUUGUACGAGAUGCAGCCGCCGUGGUGACUGAGCUUGGCUUUCGAUAUCUGUGGGUGGAUCGCUUCUGUACGAGUGAUGACAGGCCACAGGAGAAAAGGGAGCAUAUUCAGCGGAUGGACGAGAUAUACGGAGGAGCCGCCUUUACCAUCAUUGCCGCCGCUGGGGAGAAUGCCAUGCACGGCCUUCCUGGCAUUGGAUCGACAUCAAGGCCUGCUCAGCCAAAGUACAAAUUCACCACUUCCAACAUGACCCUUGUUUCCAGCCUUCAGGAUCCACGCCUCCUCAUCGAGCGAUCAGCGUGGUACACUAGAGGAUGGACCUAUCAGGAAGGACUCCUUUCUCGACGACGCCUCGUCUUCACAGAACAGCAGAUGUACUGGGAGUGCGAUGGCAUGACCUGCCCCGAGGCACUGGACUUGCCGUUUGAGUUCUAUCACGACGCCGAAGAGAAGCGUAUGUACGAUUUUGUUCGUCCAGGCUUGUUCAACGGGGUGUCAUAUAUGGACGGCAGCUGGGAACAGUGGAAGAAGCUGCCUCAAAAGAUGGGCGAGGCGAGCACUCUGAGUGUGUUCCGAGAAGUCGAUCAACAUAUCGUGAAAUAUACGAGGAGGAACCUCAGCCGGGACGAAGAUUCGCUAGAUGCGAGCUUGGGAAUAUGGCGAGAUCUAGAGAGCACCCUUGGAAGGGGGAAACUGAGCAAUUUGGUGGGAAUCCCCAUAUGGGCGCCUCUGGCCUCUGAACCGACGGAAGAAAACAAUGGAAUGCCGAGAACGAGACAUUUAUUCGCCUUAUCGACAUGCUUCUGGCAUCACAAAGUUGGCAUGCAGGCCACGCGGAGGACUCAUUUGCCAAGCUGGUCGUGGGCAGGAUGGUCCGGUCCCGUGGAACUCUUCUCGUCUAUCACACUCGCUUCGCCCGAUCCUGAGAUGAAGCUGAAGGGCAAAAAGAUACUCACCCAUCAUUACGUUGCGGCCACACAACUGACGAGAAACGAACCAUCAUCUGUGAGGUGGACAUACUCGCCUGAGAUGGCAGUAUUGGCGCCUGAUGGCUCCGUCAUAUACGACUUUGGAGGACAAAUGAGCGCUACCGCCGGCCCUCCAAGAUUCCGACCCGGAAAAUAUGCCCUCCAUGUCAAGGAUCCGUUGGUGCUGGACAAGGUCAAGGCGAAGCCACACUCUGACGGCUGGCAAUUCAGCGGCCUCAGCGUCGACGUACGAAUGAGCCGUGGGAGUGGCACGGAAACCGCUUGUCUUGGGGGCGAAGAGUGCAUAGGAAGCCUCAAAAGUUACCUGAUGCGACAUGGACAAGGAGAGCAAAUGAGUGUACUGUGGUUUGUUGAAGAGACGACGGUGAUGCUGUUGGUGGUAGAGAAAACCGGAAGAGGGACAUGGGAACGCGUGGGGAGGGUGAGGAUGGCUUUUGCCGAAGAUGCAAAGGAUGUGAUGAGAGCUUCUGGUGGGCUCCAAGGGUUGGUGGGGAGAUUACCGAUGAGAAGCUUAGGCCAGAAUAUUGUGAUUGAGUAG